CGUGCUGUCCUCGUGUGAAAAUUUGGUACUUGCGUUUCCAUGCCUUAACUUUGAUUAUUCGAUUGUAAGUACCUUUAAAGGGUUCUCUCUGUAUUUUUAAAUAAACAAUAAAGUACGAUUGCUACGUUAUUCUUAAGUAGCUACCAAUGGAUCCGGACAUUACUGACAAGGAAAGAAAUACUACAGACGUUAGCUUGGAAAGUGAAUGUCAAAAUGAUAACUUUAAAACAGUGAGUGAAAAAAAGAGUCGUAAACGUAAACUAGAACGUGUCCAGAUGGAAACCGAUGCACAAGGCCCAAGCAAAAGGCCAGAUUUUCCACCGCUUUCAGGAGAUAAGUUAAUGGGUGGAUUGGAUGAUAUGCGUCGAAUUCCUGUACCAUCGCAUCGCUAUACUCCCUUAAAAGAAAAUUGGAUGAAAAUUUUUUCUCCAGUUGUGGAGUAUUUGCAUCUCCAGAUAAGAUUCAACUUGAAAACAAGAAAUGUUGAAAUUAAGACAUGCACUGAAACAAAGGAUAUAAAUUCACUGACAAAAGCUGCAGACUUUGUGAAAGCCUUUAUUUUGGGAUUUCAGGUUGAGGAUGCUCUGGCUCUUAUUAGACUGGAUGAUCUCUUUCUUGAAACAUUCGAUGUCACAGAUGUUAAGCCUCUAAAAGGAGAUCACCUUUCCAGGGCUAUUGGUAGAAUAGCAGGAAAAGGAGGAAAAACAAAGUUUACAAUUGAAAAUGUGUCAAGGACAAGAAUUGUCCUUGCAGAUUCGAAAAUUCACAUAUUAGGAUCGUUUCAGAAUAUUAAGAUGGCCCGCACAGCAAUCUGUAAUCUAAUUUUAGGUAGUCCUCCAUCAAAGGUUUAUGGGAGCAUUCGAGCAGUGGCAAGCCGUACAUCAGAGCGAUUCUGAAAUGUCUUUUUUUUUUGUUUGUUUGUUUUUUAAGGAAAGGCAAUUGUUCUGCUAAUCCAUAGUUUAGGCACCUGUAAAAAUGUUAACUGCCUGCUUAUUAUUAGGUUUAUUUUGUGAUGAAAUACAACAUAAUCUAUGCAUUUUUGAAAGGCAUUCUGUUUAAAAUUUUAAAGUGUACAGUAUGCAGAACAACAUGAAAGCAUAACAUUCUGUAAGGCACAAUAAAGGCAACUACUAAAAUCAAAGAAGAUAUGUCAUUUAUGCUUACUGUUACUGAGUCCUACAAGCUGAAUUACAUGUGAUUUGGCAUUAAAUUUGUGAAUCAUAAUUGAUAUUCGUUGCAGUAUAAUUAUCACUGGUACAGACAAAAUCAAUAAACAUGCAUUUAUUGUG